AUGGAGCUGCUCGACCCGGCUCUUUAUACGGUCGCAUGGAUCGCUCCGCUCGAGAUCGAGGCACGAGCAGCCUUGCACAUAUUGGACAACCGCCACCGAGGGCAAUUUCCCUGGAGACACGGUUAUAACCAUCUAUUUCAUGCUGGAGAUAUCAACAGGAGUAAUGUGAUCAUUGCAACCUUACCAGAAGGUGAGCCAUAUGGUACAGGAUCGGCAGCCGCGCUUGCCAGCGAGGUAAAAACAUUCUUUCCAAACAUACAGUUUGGUCUUUUGGUUGGUGUUGCAGCGGGCCUACCCAAUCUCUCACGAACCCCAGCGCGAGAUAUACGCCUUGGAGACGUUCUUGUGGGACUCCCAGAAGGCGAAAGCGCCGGCCUAGUCGCAUAUGAUCUCGGAAAGGAAACAAAAAAUGGAUUUCAACCAUUGCGUAGCGGACAUACAUUGGCUAUGACGGAGAAGAUAGUCAGAGCAGCAAUUGGUCAUAUCAAGAUUGAAGCACCAAAUGAGGCAGAUAUCUUUUUACCAUUCUACGAGAGUAUUAAAGAUAAGGAGCAUGCGAAUGGCACAUUUCGUGAUCCAGGGCAAGACCACGAUGAGGUCUAUGAGAUUGAUGAAGAUGGGACUGAGUGUCUUGUUAAACGAGAACAACGGCAGGACUCGAAACGAAUACGAGUAUGGUAUGGACCAAUAGGAUCUGGGGAGAAACUGAUACAGAGUGCCGAGAAAAGGAAUGAGUUGCGAGACAAAUAUAAUAUCAUCGGUCUGGAGACGGCGGCCGCUGGUAUUAUGAACCAGAUUCCAGUUGGUGUCAUCCGAGGGGUAUGUGAUUAUGGGGAUGAACAUAAGAAAAAGGAGUGGCAACCGUAUGCAGCAGCUAUGGCAGCAGCUUAUGCUAAAGCCGUCUUGUAUCAGAUCUCACCGAAAAGUGGGCUAGCACAGAAUGUCUCUACUGAAUCUGGGGGCAGAUAUCAGGUGCCUAUCCAUCUUACUAAUGUUCCUGCAAUCGACAGCUUUUUAGAAAGAUAUCAGGAGCUACAGCAACUAUGGCAUCAUUCGAAACCAGGGAAUUCCAAGUCACAAGAGGCGUCUGUUCUUCAUGGGAUUGGUGGCACAGGAAAGACACAAUUAGCAAUUCCAUUUGCGCAAGAUCCAAAGGAUGACUUCUCUACCAUAUUUUAG